AUGACAUCGCUGAACGACACUCACUUUCAGAUCACCGUCACUGCUCCAACAGACGAUGCCAAGGCUCUCUUUCAGCGAUGGAAGACGCCCUCAUUAAGGGGAGAGUCUUUGAACGACUGGAGAAGGGUAACCACUGACGAUCUUGGUGGCGAUGAGCCCAGUGAUUCAGAGCUAGCCACCACGUUCAGGGUCUAUCGCCAUGAAUUUGUCCGGAAUGAGGGUGGGCCAAAACCGUGUGAAGAUAUACCGACACUGUGUGUAGACUUCUCAGAUGAUGCGACAAUCAGCAAAAAGGACCUGGAGAAGCUGAUUGAUUUGGCGGCUAAAGCCAUUUGUAAGAGUGCUUCGCUGCUCGAAGGUCUCCGGGACUUGCAGAGGCAGAGGGACGCUCUCGCCCAUCCUCCUCUCGAGGCGUUUCAUCAGCUAGAACUGUCCACUCGGUACUUGCAGAAACUGUUGAAAUCUCGGGCAUCUUGGGGAGCAGCAAGAGAUCAGGCGGACAGCCUUCUUUCUCUGACGCACGUCAGCAGUCUGCACGGUCUGACGAUGGCAAGUAUCAAGCAUGCCGAGUGCUUGAUUACCAACGCAGGUCUGACUCCGACUGAGGAGUGGAUAUCGUGGACGACCAAUGCCAAGGCUUGGCGGCCUUAGAC